GCGCUGAACACAGUGACAGGAUAUAAUAUUGUGUCGAUGUUAAGAUGUAGGUUUAAAUAUGGUAUCUUCGUGCCGAGGAUCAAUAAUGUCUAUGUUACAUCAUCCCAGCGGACCAGAAGUGAAGCGUUCCAUGUAACAAAAAGAGGACUGGCAACAUCAGAAUUGCUGCGUCAAGAAGCGCAGAAUGUCGGUUCCCAAGAUUCUGAUGAUGUAGUUGACGUCGUAUAUAUUGACCGGUCAGGGCAAAGAGUUCCCGUGAAGGCUAAAAUCGGAGACAAUGCGCUCUACCUUGCACAUAAACACGGCAUCGAGCUCGAAGGUGCAUGUGAGGCGUCACUUGCUUGUUCCACUUGCCAUGUGUAUGUAAGCAAAGGCCACUUUGAGAAGCUACCAACGCCAGACGAAAGGGAGGAUGAUAUGCUGGACAUGGCUCCGAUGCUUCAGGAGAACUCUCGUCUGGGCUGCCAGGUUGUCUUCACACCGGAGCUGGAUGGCAUUGAGCUCACUUUACCCAAGGUCACUCGCAACUUCUAUGUAGAUGGUCAUGUCCCCACCCCUCACUAAGGGCAGCACACCACAGGUAGCAGAUAUGAGGGAGUAACAGGAAUGUUGAAUUCAUAUCCAGAGUCCAGUCCAAUCUUAAAUCAUCUUUAGAUGCGUUGCUAAAAUAAAACCCAGAUCAUUUACUGAACGCAACAAAAAAUCAACAAAAAACAGCAAGUAAGCAGAGAAGGCUAUUGUUGGCCUUCUUAUGAUCGCACCCCGUUAUAUGAAUAAUCACAAAUAUUUAAAUGCUGGUCAGUGUUAUCUUAGGUACACUGUUGCCUGGGAUUGUAACUGUAGCCUAA